AUGUAUUUGUUGUUGAAUGAAUAUUUAAGAGCGGGGGUGACGGCGCAGAAGACCAUGAGGCUGCUUCCCGCCUCCGGGAAGAAGGCGACCCAGAAGGUGGUUGUUGGAGAUCAGGAUGGGGUCGUUACGUGCUUUGGCAUUAAAAAAGGGGAAGCUGUGCCAGUGUUCAAGACACUGCCAGGCCAAAAAAUUGCGCGAUUGGAGUUGGGAGGAGCUCUUAAUACACCACAGGAAAAAAUUUUUGUGGCUACAGGAUCAGAAGUGAGAGGUUUCACAAAAAGAGGGAAGCAGUUUCUUUCAUUUGAAACUAACCUCACUGAAAGCAUCAAAGCCAUGCAUAUUUCAGGAGCAGAUCUCUUUCUUUGUGCAAGCUACAUCUAUAACCAUUACUGCGACUGCAAAGACCAGCACUACUACCUAUCAGGAGAUAAAAUCAAUGAUGUCCUCUGCCUUCCUGUAGAUAAAGUGAAUUGCAUUACACCAGUACUUGCAUGUCAGGAUAGAGUCCUCAGAGUUUUACAGGGAUCUGAUUUACUCUGUGAAGUAGAAGUUCCUGGACCACCUACUGUUCUUGCUUUAAACAAUGGAAAUGGGGGUGACUCUGGAGAAGAAGUUGUGUAUGGAACUUCUGAUGGGAAACUGGGUCUUAUCCAGAUCACUGGUUCCAGCCCUGUACCUAAGUGGGAGAUUGGAAAUGAAAAAAAGAGAGGAGGUAUCUUAUGUAUUGAUAGUUUUGACAUUCUGGGAGAUGGAGUUAAGGAAUUACUCGUUGGACGAGAUGAUGGAAUGCUAGAAAUCUAUAACUUUGAGAGUGCAGAUGAGCCUGUCCUUCAAUAUGACCAUGCUUUAUCAGAGAGCAUUGCAUCAAUCCAGGGUGGCUGUGUAGGAAAAGAUGGCUAUGAUGAAAUUUUAGCAUCCACGUAUUCAGGCUGGCUGACAGGACUGACUACAGAACCUGUCCAUAGAGAAGGCGGAUCAGGUGAAGAACUAAAAUUAAGUCAAGAAAUGCAGAGCAAGAUUUCAUCCUUAAGGAAUGAAUUGGAGCACUUACAGAUGAAAGUACUUCAGGAACGUGAAAAAUACCAGCAAUCUGCUCAGUCCAGUACUGCUGUUUCAUCAGUACCUGCAUUUAGUGUGAAUGAUAAGUUUACAUUAAAUAAGGAUGAUGCUAGCUACAGCUUCAUCUUGGAGGUGCAGACAGCUAUAGAUAAUGUCCUGGUACAGAGUGAUGUACCAGUAGACUUGCUGGAUGUAGACAAAAAUUCUGCUGUUGUUAGUUUUAGCAGCUGUGAUUCUGAGCCAAAUAGCAACUUUCUUCUUGCGACUUACCGAUGCCAAGCAAAUACUACCAGGCUUGAACUUAAGGUUCGAUCGAUUGAAGGACAGUAUGGGACACUUCAAGCAUAUGUAACUCCAAGAAUUCAACCAAAAACCUGCCAAGUUCAUCAAUAUCAAAUUAAACCACUUUCUCUUCAUCAGAGAACUCAUUCUAUUGACCUUGACAGGCCCAUGAAUACACUGAUGCUCAAAGGCCAGUUCAGUUUUGCUGAGAUUCACUCGUGGGUUGUGUUUUGCUUGCCUGAGGUGCCUGAGAAGACUCCUGCAGGGGAGAGUGUCACUUUUUAUUUUCAGAACACCUUCCUGGGUACACAGCUUGAAAGUACUUACAGAAAAGGUGAGGGAUGUUUUAAGUCUGACAACAUUUCUACAAUAUCUAUCUUGAAAGAUGUGCUUUCCAAAGAGGCUACGAAAAGGAAGAUUAAUCUCAACAUAUCAUAUGACAUAAAUGAAGAAUCUGUGAGGCACACAUUAAAGCUUAUCCACCCUAAAUUAGAGUAUCAGCAGCUGUUGGCCAAGAAGGUUCACUUAAUAGAUGCUUUGAGAGAAUUACAAGUUCAUGAAGGAAACGUGGACUUCCUGCUACCGAAGUACCGCAGCAUUUUGGAAGAGGCAGAUCAGCUGCUGGAAGAAUACAAGAGACAACCUGCACAUCUUGAGAGACUUUAUGGUAUGAUCACAGAUCUCUUCAUAGAUAAAUUUAAAUUUAAAGGCACCAACGUGAAAACUAAAGUUCCUCUUCUUCUGGAAAUUCUGGAUGGCUGUGAUCAAGAUGGACUCGUUGCUUUUUUUGAGGCUGCAGCCUGA